AUGGCCCAAUACUAUGACGUCCCUUUAAGAUGGUGGACUUUCCCCAAUUUCAAAAUCUCUCCAACCUUGGAAGACCUUGAGAGACUCCUCGGCCGAUCAAUCAAAGAAUACAACCCCUUCUCAAAGUUGGAAGAAGGAUUCUGUUUGACCGAGCUCUCACUCACCUUGGGUAUCAAUGCUAACAAGCUAGUGGUUAAUUGGGGCGUUAAGGGGUCUAUCAAAGGUUUAACCCAAAAGUUCCUCGAAGCCCAUGCCUGGGAAAUGAUUAAAGAAGGAAGAAUCGACUUCUGUAGUGCAAUCUUGGCACUUUUGAUUCAUGGAAUUGUCCUCUUCCCAAAUAUGGACAAGUUCGUGGAUCACUUUCCAGUUGAAGUCUUUCUAACAAAGAAUCCAGUGCCUUUUUUACUUGCCGACUUCUACCAUACCUUUCAUACAAGGCAUGAGAAGAAAGGAGGUACUUUCCUCUGUUGUGCUCCUAUGUUACAUCUAUGGAUGAGGGCCCGCAUGCUUCAAAGUGGACCUUUUGCUCAAAACAAACUGACAUGGCCGCAAAGGUUCGCAUCUCUCUCCGCCAACUCAAUUAUAUGGUACAAGAGGGAAUGGGAUAUGAAAGACGUCAUUGCAAGAUGUGGAGAGUUCCCUAACGUACCCUUAAUAGGAACGCAAGGUUGCAUCAACUACAACCCUAUUAUACUCAAGAGACAACUAGGGUACACCGUGACAAGUCCUUCAGAGGAAAGAGAUUUCAUUCCGUUUGUCAUCAAUAUCGUGGAUCCGCUCGAUUUAAAUGUGAAAAGAGUGUGA